AAUAAUAUUAUCAGUAUCGUGCCGCAAGUUACGGUGCUAUCAUCUAACAGUGUUUCUAUCAUACACUAUGAGCUCUUGGGAAGUCAGACUUUUCCCCGCGAGCACCACCGGUGCCACACCCAGUAUGGUUAUCACAACCAAUAAAAGGCCAUUACAGCCUUCCACAUGCUGCUGCGAGUGUGCGGUACAAGAAUCUCACUGGGAGAAUUCUAUCAAAACACAGGCAACACCACCGGGUGUUCCUCAGAUCCUUCAUAGUCCAUCAACUUGCCUCUGACGACGAACGUGGUGCGCCGCGGCGCACCAACUAGGCGACUCCUGAUGAGUACCAUAUACCCGAAGGAUUUUCCCUAUAAAAACGCCGUUGGUGCUGCUCGGUUGUUUCUGGAUCAGACUUCGGAUACUGGAAUAGUCCUGGGAAUUUUUAUCAUUGGUCACUGGGGGUAGCUCGGGGGCAAACUUAAACCAGCUCGGGUUUCCUGACUUGGGCAGACCUCCCGAGCUUUGGAUCCGCUCGGUGGGUUCACUGGGGUGGAUGAUGCCAUUUUCCUCUGGCUCGCUGGAGCAAUCUUGUCUCGUCUCGCGGUAUGUGGGACAUGUAGUUGGCGCUUCCUGUCGUCUUCUGGGGUAUGGUUUGGCUGUAGCGUGGUUUUGGAUCUGCCCAGAGGGCUCAUAACCCAUUGGCCAUCUAAGAGUGAACCUGGGGUCCGAGCGGGGAUUGUGGAGUGUGUAGAUUGGAAAGCGGUCGUCACCGAUAAGCUCGCUGAGUAAAGUACCCAGGUUCCUGGAAAUGCUUUUCAUCUUCCACGAGUUAUUACCAGUUCGAAACGUGUCUACCGCUCACUCUACAGCCACGGCCACCCAUUAAUUAUUUGUCAAUUGAUUGAUCUCGUUAGUUCUGGGAGAGUUUGGGUAGGGCAGAUGGAUCGCAGGAUUGAGGCUAGUGGAUGGGUUUGUUGGUAUGCAUUCCCUCCUACGGAUAUCACGAUAUCAGCUAGAGGCCCUUUGCACUACGAUAGUAGGAAACAGUGUUAUCUUGGUGCCAACGAUAUAUCUAAAAGCGUUAACAUUACCACCACCAGGCCCAGCAAGACCAGGAUUACAAAUAGUGAACUUAUACUGGCCAUGUGUUCUUCAACCUUCAAGGGGUUGAGGUAUAGUUUGAUUUAG